GAAGGAAGGGGAACCCUGUUGUUGUUUGGCACGUCCUGCACGUGCCGCCUGUGAGUCCGUGUGUCCUCAGCAGAGAGCGCCCGCGGGUCACUGACAGUCAGCUGGUGCAAACGUCACAUGACUCCAGCAUGGAUCUCCACCAGAGACUUGAACGGACGCUCGCCCUGAUGGGGAAACGAGAAUCCCGGAGUGUGUGUUUGUGAUAAGCGGAGCGCGAGCAUGCCUACGCUGCUGCAGAAGCUCCUCGGCAAGAGAGCCGUCGGUAACGACAGCCCCCGGGACAUCUGUACGGCGGCGGACCAGUGUUGGGCAUCUGCUGAGUUUGACCUAGCUCAGAUCAGGUUGAUAGUGUAUCAAGACUGUGAGAGAAGAGGGCGCCAGGUUCUCUUUGACUCCAAAGCAAUACACAAACUGGACACAUCCGAGCCGACUGCUGAUGAAACCAAAACCCCCCCGAACCGGAGUGGUGCUUACCAUAUCGGCAGACAAGCAGGCGAGAAAGACAAGCCUCCUUCAUAUCAGUAUACCAGACCAGCUCCAGAUGUGACCAUGCUCGGAGAAAUGAUGUUUGGCUCAGUUUCCAUGAGUUAUAAGGGUUCAACGCUUAAAAUUCACCACAUCCGGUCUCCACCGCAGCUGAUGGUCAGUAAGGUUUUUUCCACCCGGUCUGGAAGCAGCACUUCUGAAAGUACAAAUCCGCUACAAGACAGUUUUGAGUCGAUGAGCCAAACGUUUCCUAGUCACACCAGCAGCAUAGGAGUUUGCCGCGUGCCUAGCGCUCCUGUGCCCUGCCUGGCUCGGAGCGCGUCUUUCUUUGCAGCCCAUAGUAAUCCAGUGGACAUGCCAAGCAGAGGACACAGUGAGGACGGGGACAGUGGCAUUGCUCGCUCAGCAUCUCUGAGCAGUUUGUUGGCCACUCCCCUACCGUCACCUGGCUCCUCCUUCAGUAGUGGUUUGUCCAGCAGUUACCAACGCCGAUGGCUCCGUAGCCAGGCCACCAGUCUUCAGCAUGGCCCCGUGCCUCGCUGGAACACUGAAGAAAUGUUCAGCUUGUCUGACGAGAGCUGCACCUCCAACCCUACGAUGAUCCGGAGGAAGAAGAUUGCCAUCAGCAUCAUCAUCAGCCUGCCGGAAAGAGAAGAGGAAAACCACAAUUUCCAGGAGUUUUUCUUCUCACACUUUCCUCUGUUUGAGUCUCACAUGAACCGACUCAAGGCCGCCAUCGAGAGGGCUAUGAUUGUGUGCAGAAGGAUAGCAGAGUCCAGUCAGCGAGUGCAGGUCUAUCUGUGUCGCGUGAUGGAAGCACUGGGAGAAUUCAGGAUGACGGUGUGGAACCUGUACAUGGCUCCCCGCAUCAGCGAGCCAGUCUGGCUUUCCAUGAUAUCCCAAAGUACAGAGCGAAGUCUACUGUGUCAGCGCUUCCUGAAGGAGAUGAGUUUGCUGAUGGAACACGGAGCCAAGAGCCAGUUUCUCUCAGCUCUCCUUACUGCUGUUCUCACACAUCACUUAGCAUGGGUUCCCACAGUGAUGCCCAGCAACCUGCCGCCAAUCAGAUCUGCCUGUCAGAAACCAGCCUCCCAGACGGUGGACCAGUUGGCUAAAUCUCACCCGUACAACCCACUGUGGGCUCAGUUAUGUGAUCUGUAUGGUGCUUUGGGCUCUCCUGAGAGAGUGUGUCGAACAGUGGUUGUGGGACGCAGGAGGGAACUGGUUCAGCGAGUCUUGUAUGUUCUGUCCUACUUCAUUCGCUGCUCAGACCUGCAGGAACAUGUGCAACCACAGAUGGACAAUCCAGCCAGUCCCUGCACCUCUCAAACCACUGAUCCCACCCCUGAAAAACCAGACCCUUUAAAGCCUACUGCUUGUAUUAUUGGAACCUAUUCCAGGCACCUCAGUAGAAAACUUUUGACUGAUACUAAAUCAACCAGUCCAUCCCCCAGCGUGGACUCGACCGCUGUCAGGCCUGAAUUUACAGAAAUGGCACAGGAAUGUUUCGGAGAAGACAGUGACUCUGUUGGGGGCGGAUUAGAGCACAUUUUGGCCAAUCAGAGUCCUCUUUUGCAUCGGGUGCAGUUUCACAUUGGCAGUCCCAGUGAGAUGGCGAAUUACGGACAACCCGGGGGUCUGACUGGGGCAGGGUGUGGACGCGGACUGGACAGGAAGUUGCAUCAAAGGCUUUUGAGUGACAUACAGAGGAACGAGAGCUCAGAUAGUGCACUAGGUGACAGUGAUGAUGAGGAAGCAUCGCUGCGAGAACUGUACGUGACUACAGAACAAAACGAGUACGAGUUACCUCUACCAAGUUGUCUGGUAGAGAGUCGAGCCAAUGUUAAUCAUUUUGGGCGUUCAUUGCUGGGUGGGUACUGUCCUCAGUACAUGCCUGACUUUGCCUUGCAUGGCAUCAGUUCUGAUCUCAGGCUCAAACAGUGCCUCAUGGCUGACCUCGAACACACUGUUCUCCAUCCGGCGCUGGAUGAACCAGUGGCCGAGGCUCUGUGUAUCGUGGCGGAUACAGAUCGAAUGAGUGUGCAAGUAGUGACGAGUCAAAAGCGUGUGUGUGAGGGCGGGCGGUUGGGCAGGGACGUGAUGGUGUCCAACCUCGUACACACGCUCAUCACAUCAGUUCUGCAGCUUUAUGCGCUCAACAUCGCCUCCGACUUUUGUGUGAUGCAUCUGGAAGACCGGUUACAGGAGGUGUAUUUUAAGAGUCGAUCCUUGGCAGAAUAUCUGAGGGGACAAACCAGGGUCCAUGUGAAAGAACUGGGGUUGACACUGGGGAUUGAGUCCAGUGACAUUCCAUUGGUUGCCGCAGUGGCCAGCACACACUCGCCCUACGUGGCCCAGAUCCUUCUUUAAAUAGACCAUGCAAGAUUUAUUACACUUUUAGGACCAAUCAAAAUGUGUUCCUGUUCUGCGUGGACCAGCAAGGAUCUGACCACUAUCAGAUGACCACACCAAUCAUGAUGCACUGUGCUCGACAACCAAUCAGAGCCUACACCCAGCCUUAAUAUGCCAAUCAGAAUGGAUCGUUUGUCCAGCUGACUGUCUUUUCGGUGUAUGUAGGUACAAAUGUGUAUGCUUUAAUCUCAGAAAGCUGAGAACGUUUACAGAAUGGGGGAAGAGGUAGAUUGGAGUGUGAUAUUAAACUGUUACUGUUCCUCACUGGUCAGUCCACAGAUCGUGGAUUACAGUAUUAAUCUGGUGCUACUAUUGUGUCCAAGGCUUACUAAAGCACACGCACACUUUUGCGCUCUGUCCUUGUGAAUGCUUUGUUUCUUUCAGUGCUGUAUUGCACUGACGGACAAGUGUCACAGCAAUAGAAGAACCCCAGGUUUGUGACACUAGAAAUAAAAUACUUUUUUUUUUUAUUGUUCCACUUUAAAGACCUAGAGAAAGAUGGUUAUUUUUGAUAUUUUCAAAGAAUAUUCUACCUCCAAGUAAAAGAUCUGAAAGUGGC